UUUUUUAUGAAAUGAACCAUGUAAAAUAACUGGAUGACGGGUAUAUAAUAAUGUUCGCGCUCCAGCGCUUUAGUUGUAAAGCAUACCCAAGUGUCAAAUAUAUAGACGGAUAUAGUAGACACCCGUUUAUGAAAGAAGAGAAAGGAGACGCUUCCUACCAAUGGCAGCUACCAAAAUUCUGUUGUUCUUCUUCUGUACCAUUGUGGCUGCUAACGCCAAAGAUAUAAUAGGGCAGAGGAUCAAUCCAUAUGCACCCAAAAGCAACACAGUUACGGUCAAAUAUGAAGGAACAGAAAAAGACGCAAGAGAGUUAGCGUCAAGCUUGGGCUUGGAAUUUAAAAAGAAGAUUUUUGGAGAUUGGUACUUGUUUACCAUCCCGCAGAUAAAUGAUAUUGUCCCAAGAGAAGUUCCGGACAUUUACCUUAAUUUGAGAAAAGCCAAGAAGAUUGAUAAAAAGAUAAAAUACAUACAGCAAGAAAGCUACCGGAGGCUGUCGAAACGUUCAUUUACAGUCAACGAUGAAGCAUGGCCAAACCAAUGGAAUCUGCAACCUUCGCAGACUCCGAGCAUGAACGUUUACAAAGUGUGGGAAAUGGGUUAUACUGGAAAAGGUAUCACCGUGGCAAUAGUUGACGAUGGAAUAGAUGUAGAGCAUCCGGACCUGAUCAAAAACUAUAAUGCGUCAUUAAGUUACGAUUUUAUCACAGAUAUACCGGAUGCUUCACAUAAAGAGGAGGAAGAAGGACAUGGUACUAACGUGGCAGGUUUAGUGGGGGCAGCCAAAGAUACAAAUUGCGUAAUUGGAGUGGCGUAUGAAAGUACUUUAACUGGAAUUCGAAAUUUAGGAACCACUGAGGAGGACGACGUACGUUCAGUUGCGUCAAUAGAAGCAAUGUCUCUCACAUACAAGUACGAGUACAUCGAUAUUUAUAGUAACAGUUGGGGCCCUGAUGAUGAUGGCGUUUACAUGGAGCCUCUGGAACAUAUUCUUAAUGACGCAUUUGAACUUACCAUUAAAGAGGGGAGAAAUGGAAAGGGUACAAUAUACACAUUUGCUUCCGGAAAUGGUGGAAGGGUGGACAGUUGCGGUGCAGACGCUUAUGCAAGUAACAUGUACACCAUAUCAAUCGCUGCUUUGGACAAGUUAGGAUCCCCAACAACGUAUUCUGAACCAUGCACGUCAAUUUUCGCUGCGACGUAUAGUGGUGAUGAUUUUUUACCUAAUAUUACAACGACAGGUCCUUACAAAACCUGUGUUGAUGAUUUUGAUGGGACCUCAGCAGCUACUCCUCAGGCAUCAGGCAUCAUUGCUUUGACACUUCAAGCCAACCCAGAACUCACUUGGAGGGAUAUACAACACAUGACUGCUGAAUUUUCAAACCAGUCUGGAUUACAACAGUCUUCCAAAGACUACGAGUUUUACAAAAAUGGUGCAGGAAAACAAGUUAGUCUCAUGACUGGUUUUGGACUGAUGGAUGCAAAGGCAAUGGUAGAUAACGCUCCAAAUUGGCCAACCGUGCCUCCAAGAAUAUCUUGUGGGUCUGGCGAUUUAUUUGUUGAUAGAUUGGAAACAAAUCCGACCGAUAUUAGUGUGAUUUACGACCUGACAAACUGUUUUAUACAAUAUCUUGAACAUGUGCAGAUUUAUAUCCAUUAUAAUUCCUCGUUUCGUGGUGAUGUGGAAUUAUAUCUUCUUUCACCAAUGGGCACCAAGAGCAAAAUAUUAUCCGCGCGUCCAUACGACAAUAUUGCAAACUUUACAACUUUCGAAUUCAUGUCUUUGCAUACAUGGGGGGAGGAUCCCAAUGGUGAAUGGAAGCUCACAAUGUUUCCAUUGUAUGAGGAAAUGGAUGUUCACUUGUACGAGUGGGGACUUGAAUUCUUUGGUACAGCGACAGACCCUUUGAAUGGAAUUCCUUCUGACGGUAUAUUUGGUAGCCCGUGUAACAGUCCGGAUACUUGCAACUCUAUACCUGACGGAGGUUGUUUAAAGGAUCCCAAUGAAUUAUGUGACAACAUUUGUGUUUCGUGCAAAAACGGAUACCACUUCAACGGUGACUAUUGCGAAAAAGAUUGUCAUCCUCUCGUGUCUGGGGAAGGUAAUUACGUGGUCGUUACGUAUACUCAGGAAGGUGUCAUAGCCGAGUAUAGUUGUUAUGAAGGGUACCUGUACACUGAAGGCGAUUUAACCAGAACGUGUGGUGACGAUGGUGUAUGGACUGGCUCAGAACCCGUAUGCGACAUCGACUGUGGAGAACUAAACGCCCCGGACAACGGAAAUGUUUCUUUCUCUGGCACAUCUUACGGUUUUGAAGCGGUCUAUUCUUGCAAAGACGGAUAUAUACCGGCAAGUGGGGAUGAUGAGCGAUAUUGUUUAGAAGAUGGGCACUGGAACGGCAGUGAACCAAUUUGCAGUAGAGAUUGCGGACCACUUGAACAUCCUACAAACGGAAACGUAUCUUUCAAUGGGACCUUCGAAAACUCAGAGGCUAUAUAUACUUGCACGAAAGGAUAUGUUCUUUCUAGUGAGGACGCCAAAAGAGUAUGUCAACCGGACGGUAAAUGGUCAUCUGUGGAUCCAGUAUGUUUGGCUGAGUGCUGCCGCCUGGAGCCUCCAGCAAAGGGAACUGUAAACUCAACGUCCAACCUGGAAGGGUCCACCGCGAUAUAUACUUGUUUGACUGGUUAUGCUAUCAGUUCUGGAAAUUUAUUAAGAACUUGUACUUCGGACAGAAGCUGGAAUGGAACCGCGCCAGUAUGUGAUAUAGACUGCGGGCCCCUGGAUUCUCCAGCAAAUGGAACUGUAAAUGUAUCAUCUACCACGAAAGGCUCGACUGCGACAUAUUCUUGCUUGAAUGGUUUGUCUGUAAAGUCAGGAGAUGUGUUGAGAGCGUGUGCUUCUGACGGCAGCUGGACUGGAACAAAACCAGUUUGUGCGAAACAUGAUGUCAUAUCGUUGGCUUCUCAAAUAAACCUGAACGUUAUUGCGGAGCUAUGUGUAGGCAUACUGACAGUUGUGUUUUUCGUUCUUUGAGCUCAGGAUGGACAUAGUUCGUAGCUGUUUGUAUUGGAUAUUUGUCCUCGUUUCAUCAAGAAGGUUGGAAGUUUUAAGACUGAGCUGACGAAGAUGCUACAAAAAUGUUUUCUUAUUAUGUACAUAAUAUAUAUCUGCGUAUCUCUAUAUAUAUUUCCUUGCAACGACCCUAGCAACGACCCCUCCAGGAGAAUGAAUGUGAAUUUACUUUAAGGAUUGUGACACAAUACAGAAGAUGGAGAUUUCCCAAUUAAAGAAACUCCUUCUUUUCUCGUGUGUAAACACCCAUACAUGGAACUCUAUAAUAAAGAAUAAAAGUAGGUUUAGUUGGCGGAGCGGUGGAUCGAGCUCGCGAGCAUGGUUGCUUAAUUCAACCGCUCAAAAAAUAUAUAUUGAAUUCAUAAUUGACUAUUGUAUGUAUUAAUUUGUAUUGGUAUGUAAACUGGAAUAUUAUGUUUUAUUAUAUUGCAUGUAAUGCACGCUAAAGUAUAAAUUACUGAUUUAAGGAUUUUGUACAUAAUGUACGCUAAAAUGAGCUUUAUAAAUAACUAUGUAUGGACUAUAGUAAACGCUUCAAAGUGAAUAUAUUAUAUAUAUUA